AAAGCGAUACAUUAAACACAACCGUUCACGGUGACGUCACUUCCCCAAGUGCGCAGACGUCUCUUUCAUUGGGUUGUAUCCUCGUAUACAUUUCCCAUUUGCUUCAUGAAUUUUUGAAAAAUUGUUUUUAAUUAAAAAUGGGUUUCGUUAAAGUGGUAAAGAACAAGCAGUACUUCAAGCGGUACCAGGUUAAGUUUAAGAGGCGUCGUGAGGGUAAAACCGACUACUUCGCACGUAAACGCCUGAUCACUCAGGACAAGAAUAAGUACAAUACGCCGAAGUACCGUUUUAUUGUCCGUUUCUCCAACAAGGACAUUACGUGUCAAGUCGCGUUCUCCCGUAUUGAAGGCGACAAAAUUAUCUGUGCGGCGUAUUCUCACGAGUUGGUUAAGUACGGUAUUAAAGUGGGACUUACCAAUUAUGCUGCCGCGUAUUGUACUGGGCUGUUGUUAGCUAGGCGUUUAUUAAAACAGUUGGGGUUGUCGGAGUUGUAUGAAGGUUGUACAGAAGCAACUGGUGAGGAAUACAAUGUGGAAGGAGUUGAGAAAGGACCAGGCGCCUUUAAGUGCUUCCUUGAUGUGGGACUGCAAAGAACUACAACAGGUGCCCGAGUUUUUGGUGCAAUGAAAGGAGCUGUUGAUGGUGGAUUAAAUAUUCCACAUUCAACCAAACGUUUCCCAGGUUAUGAUGCUGAAAACAAACAGUUUAAUGCUGAAGUUCAUCGUGAUCAUAUUUUGGGGCAACAUGUAGCUAAUUACAUGCGUAGUUUGGAAGAGGAGGACCCAGAAGCGUUCAAACGCCAAUUCAGUCAUUACAUCAAACUGGGAAUAUCAGCCGAUCAGAUUGAAAAUAUAUACAAAAACGCACACGCGGCCAUUCGUGCAGAUCCUUCCGCCGAUAAACGAGAACCUAGAGCGCAAGCCACUAAAAAGAGGUGGAACCCUAAGAAACUUACGUUGGCUGAACGUAAAGAAGGUGUAGCAGAGAGGAAAGCAGAGUUUUUGAAGACACUUGAAACUCAAGCAGAAUGAACAUUGAAUUUAUUUAUAUAAAUUUUGUUAUUGUGCAUAAAUGAAAUACAAAUUAUGCCCAUAAUGAA